GGUGGUGAUGUGGUGUUUCGACAUGACGUCUACAAGAUUUAUUGGGAUCGGCUACUUUUGUCAAGAGAUGUUAUCUUUAUGGGGAUCACCAUCUUAUGGGAUUUCUUUGGUGCAAUUCACUAUGACCUACUCUAGGCAUGCACAAUUUUAUGCUGCAACUAUGCUCUCUAUCAACAGGAUGACAGCCGUCCUGAUUCCGAUAGCGUACAACAAGGUAACUUCAAUAGAUGACGUGGUAUCUUCCACGCAAGCAUAGUA